GUUCGUUUGAUUUAGUUCCGAUAGAGUGUAUUACUAGUAAAUACUUAGGAUGAACUUUUAAAGUUUAUUAGUUUUCCACUGACUAUUUUAAACAAAAUAUUUUACAAAAAUGAGCACUAAUCCUGACAUUCAAUGGGCUUUGGAUAUACUUACACCUGAUCCAGAUUAUAGACCUUCUCUUUGGGAAAAAUAUGGAAUGUUAGUUGGAACGCCAAUAAUGUUGGUUGGAGGAGCAUGUUUUCGAAAUUCAUUUCUGAAAAGACCCUUACAUGCAGGUCUUCAGGUACAUAUUGCACUAACAGUAAUAGGUCUUGCAGUAGGAUAUAAAAUGCAUGAGUUAGUUGAUAACCACUUUGCAAAAAGAGAUCAGAUGCUUCGUCAUUAUGUUAUGUUACAUCCAGAAGAUUUUCCUCCGCCUGAACGUAAAAAGUGGGGUGAAGUGUUUGAACCUUGGAGUCCAAUUCGUUAAAUAAUAUAGUUAUUUAAACUAUAUUGUACUAGAUCAGUGAGUUAUAAUUGUAGCUGUAAUAUCUUCUACAUAUAUAUUUUUUUUUUUUUUUAAUAUAUUGUAUAAAAAAUAAUUAAUACAUAAGAUAUUUACCUUAUCUUGUGUCACUAUGUUCUUAGUAACACAAUAAAUAAAUUAAUCUGAUAUGACUUAUAUAAAUUCAUAAAAAUUACAGAAUAGAUAAAAUAAAGUAGACCUUAGCAUACAAAUUAAUUGAACAAAUAGUAUUUUAUUAGUUUAAGUGAGAAUUAAAUUAGGCAAAAUUCAUGAGAAUUAUAGGAAUGUGGAGUAUUUAAUUGUAUAUUUUAACCUAGUCUAUCAAAAUGACUUGCAAUAAAAAAAAAAUCAUAUAUUUAUUAAAAAUGAAAUUUUUGAAAAAAUAUGUGCAAAGAAAAAAGGUUAAGAUAUAUAACCUUAUAUGAUUUUUAUACGGUUCAUAGCUAAUUAAUAAAAUAUAGAUAUUUCUUAACAGGAAUAUUUCUUGAUAAAUUUUGGCAUUUCUUUAGAUAGAUAUAUGAUAGUAUUUCCUUGAAAUAAACUAUAUUAUUUAUAGGUAUUCAGAAUUUGUAGACAUUCUUUACCAACGAAUCAAUGACCUUUAUCACAUAUAGCAACCAUUUUGAUGAUAACAAUAAACAAAAUGUAACUUAACUGACAAUCAUAAUAUUACACCUAAUUUAUUUAGAAAUACAAAUUUACUUUUUUUCAGGAUUAUAAUUAUCGUUGUAUAAUCCAGUACCUUUUGCGUCUCCCAACCAGGGGUAUUUAUAAGGACAUUCUCUACAUGUUUCCAAAUACCUGUAAAAUUAUUAUAUUACAUGUAAAUGUUUAUUAAUAUUGAAUGUAUGCUUAAAUAUUUAUGCUUAGAUUAAUUUAUAAAUAAAAUCAAUCUUUUCUCUUUAA